UCCAUGUUUUGUUGAGUCAGAAGCCCCUUAAUUCUGGUUAUAUUUUUUAGGUGGUAAUAAGCGGAUUUAGUGACGGACUUUAGAUGGCUAUCAAAUUUUAGGUCUGAGUCAAUGGUUACGCCAAGGUUUCUGACUUGAUUUGUAGCUGUAAGUGACAUUGUGCUAAGUUGCCUGCUUAUCUUUGACCUUUCCUUUUUUGGCCCAAAAAUGAUCACCUCUGUCUUCUCCACAUUUAACUGGAGAAAAUUCUGGCACAUCCAUUCAUUGAUUUGAUGAAUGCAUUUACUCAGGGAGACUAAGGGACUAUAAUCAUGUGGAGACACAGAAAUGUACAGUUGUGUAUCAUCUGCAUAGGCGUGAUAGGAGAUGUCAUACUGUUCCAUUAUCUGAGCUAACGGAAGCAUAUAGAUGUUAAAUAAGAGUGGUCCAAGAAUUGACCCUUGAGGGACUCCACACGUGAAUUUGGUUCGUUCUGACUGAUAGUUUCCGAUUGACACAAAAUGGGGGGCUGGUUGACCUCAGAUUGACCCAUAAAAGAAUUGUUAAUAUUUCAAAAACGAUAGUAGCGCAAACAAAAACAUUUCAGCACAAACGAAUGACAUAAUUUUUCUGUAAAUUUGCAUCAGAUUGGGGCCAACUUCACAGAGGUCAGAGGAGGGCUUCCCACUUAUUCACAAACCUAAUUAGGACAAGGGCUAUGAAAAAUGGAUAUCAUACAUUCAUAGCAAAUCAUACAUUAUUGCUUUCUCUUGUUUUCAAUUGAAAGAUUAUUACAUGAAUACAUUACAUGCUAUGUUAUCAGAGUAAUGGAAGAAAAACUGUAAUGGAAAAUCUGUAUGAAGCGAAACUACUCUGCAAAAUUGAAGAAUACCACUCAUUCAUCAAAUCAUACAGGUAUAUUAUGCAAAUGUCAAGAUAUACUAAAAUUUAAACUUUUUGCACAACCGUCUAGUGUCUUGAUGGCGACCUCUGUAGACCCCAAGCUGCAAUUUGCGCCCUUCAGCAGUGCGCUAGAGGCAGGCUUCUGGCAUGAGCUCACACAGAGAAAACUCGAUGACUACAGGCUGGAUGAGAGCCCCAAAUGUAUCAAAGGGUACUACUACAAUGGUGAUCCGGUUGGUUUGCCCACCCGUCUGACUUUGGAGUUCAGUGCAUUUGAUGUAGAUGGGUCCACUCCGGCUCAUUGCUGCGAGGCUGUAGGGAAACUGUACAACACUAACACGCUAGAUGCUUUUAAGAGCACGGACAAGAAAGCUUUGCUGGAUAAAGAGUCCAAAGAGCUUUGGGAUGCCAUACGGUCCGGGGAUGCACUCACAGACCCAAGCAUCCUUUGCAGGUUUAUUCUGCUAACCUUUGCGGAUUUGAAGAAGUACCAUUUCUACUACUGGUUCUGUUUCCCUGCACUUUGCUUCCCAGAGGGCAUAGAGAUUGUAAAAGCGCCUUCUCUGCUAGAAACUGUUUUCACAGGAAACCAAAUUGCAUCCUUGCAGGAGGCCUAUGACAGCUUGUGUAUCAAAGGCAGGACCACUGCAGUUCCCUAUUUCCUAAUGAAGUACUCAGAUGACACAGUUCAGUUGGCUCCAUUAGCAGAGUUGGGGACGUUCUUUCCUGGUGUGCAAAAGGUAACCGUGGGUGUGUAUGACCCAUGUACUCUGUCUCAACAUCCAGGAUGGCCUUUGAGGAAUCUACUCGCCCUAAUAGCUUGUCAAAGGGGGGCAAAGUUCGACACAGUGGAGGUGCUGUGCUUUAGGGAUCGAACACAACAGGGAAUCCGCACAAUUCAACAUAGUGUCAUUUUUCAGGUCAAACGACCUGAACUACUGCUUGACUCUGUGUGUCCGAAGAGUGUCGGCUGGGAAAAAAAUGCCAAGGGGGUGAUGGGACCCCGAAUGGUCAAUCUCAGUGAAUGUAUGGAUCCCAAAAGGCUUGCUGAGUCAUCAGUUGAUCUUAAUUUGAAACUAAUGCGAUGGAGACUGGUCCCUUCACUGGACCUGGACAAGGUGGUCAGCACCAAGUGUCUUUUACUUGGAGCUGGGACUUUGGGCUGCAAUGUGGCCAGGACACUAAUGGGAUGGGGAGUGAGACACAUCACCUUUGUGGACAAUGCAAAGAUCUCCUAUUCCAAUCCGGUGCGGCAGCCUCUCUAUGAAUUUGAGGAUUGUCUUGGAGGUGGAAAGGCCAAAGCCAUUGCCGCUGUUGACCGGCUCACCAAAAUCUUUCCUGGUGUGAAAGCAGAAGGCUUCAGCAUGAGUAUUCCCAUGCCAGGCCACCCGGUGAGUUUCUCCCAGGCCACUUUGGCUCAGACCCAGAAAGAUGUGGAGCAGCUGGAGAAGCUCAUCUCGGAACAUGAUGUGGUCUUCUUACUAAUGGACACAAGAGAGAGCCGCUGGCUUCCUACAGUAAUUGCGGGUUGUAAGCGGAAGCUGGUGAUCAAUGCCGCUCUUGGCUUCGACACAUUCGUAGUGAUGCGCCACGGCCUGAAGAAACCUAGACAAAAUUCUUCCGGUGAUGCACAAUCCUCAUCUUCUGGUUCAUCACCAUCUUCUUCGUCCUCCACGCCACUCUGCUCAUCAUCCUCCAUCCCAGCAUCCUCCCUGUUCUCCAAUAUUCCUGGACAUAAGCUGGGCUGCUACUUCUGCAAUGACGUUGUGGCACCAGGAGAUAUAUGCGAGCGGUCACUAUGCUGAUUUUUUUCUUUUAAAAAUUGCAGGCACACCUGAGCCAUGAGCACUAAGUGGUGACCGCAAACUUCCCAACAAGCAUCAGUUUUGCAUAUCGUCAUAAAAUCAUCAAAUUGGGCCGAGUGCUUCCUUCGAGCUGUUAAUUGACACUACCAAUGGCGUACCGCAAGCAACGUGUCAUUUUUGCCCAUUAAUAUUCAUGACGUUAGCAAUUGUGGUAACGCAGGUAAAUCCCUUGUUUGUCCCUAAUAGUAAAUGAAUGGAAAUACUGUACAAACGAGAUGUUUACGAAGCUAAACCUACCAAUUAUGUCUGAAAAUGAUGGCCCUGGUUCCAAAUUCACUGGUAAAGAUGUAGAAGAACAUAAAAAUGUUCAGUUAUAGAUGGCUUGAGUGUCGAGGGCUGAAAAAGACGAGCUGACCUGAUCCAGAGUUAGCUUUUUUAUCGACACUUUUUUUCUUGUGUGCAUUGCCUUACGCCACUGACAAUGACAUUCUUCUGUUUCAACAAUCUAUCCUUUACCACCAUAUGCCACCUGUCUUUCUUAUAUAUUAUAUCCUCUGGUUGUCUUCUGUCUCUGACCGUUCUUGGGGGCAAUUUACAUUGCUAUUUUUGUGUAGCGAUUGCAAAUGCUACUCUGUGAAAGCCAACGAACACUUUUAUUUUUUUUUCAUUAAUUAAUAACAAAUCUUAUUUUUCUAAUUUAUUUACACUUCCCACUUACUAAAGUUGUUUUUUUACAACAGAAAAGGUAACAACAGUGGCAGUCAGAUACUGUUUUAAUUUUUUUCGGGUCAUUCAUUGUCAGACAGAAGCAGCACGGCAAAACGCCAAGCUAAAAAAUAAAUAGGAAUAUCGAAAUGGCUUACUUCUUCAUCUUCUGAAGGACUGUGGCCCCCAACAAAAUGUUUACUGGAUAUGAAAUGUGAAUAGCUUUACCUUGCUGGCAUUAAACUGGUCUUUUGGACGUCCAUGCAAGUUUAUCCAUUCUUCACAUUUUUCCUCCGAGUUUUUGGUUUUGGGAAAUGUAUGAAGAAAACAUCCUUCAUAUGUCGUAAUGUCCAGUCGUUUUUCUACAAGUUCCAUAGCAGCAGUGUUUGAUCGGCAUGUUCUUUUUUUGAAAGAUCACUGAAGAAGAAUGAUUGAUUUUGAAGAUUAUCAGAGAAAACUAGCAGAAAUAACAUGGUUUGUAUGCGAGGGCGUGUUGAUAAUGUCCCACUUCCGGGUUACGAUGGCGACGUCACGGUCUAAAAAUAGCAUUCGUGCGUACGUUAGUGAAGUUCACCGGAGAAGUACUGUAUUUUUCAAGCAAUCAACUCACCCAAAUUCUGCUUGUAAGUCUCCAAGCUUAGGAGCGGUAGUCAAAUUAAUUUACUACGGUGUUGAUGGUAAGGCGGAACUUAAAUCGAUCAAAUGUGCACUUGAGCUGGGUCGCUGGCAUUAAUACUACAAGUCCCAGAAAGAUUUGCUAGUGUGUGAUGUGUCAGCGAAGAGCAAAAAAAAACAAAAUGCGCCCCUCCUUUUCUGUUGUAGUAAUCAGCUUGUCGGCCGGAUUCACACUUCCUUUCCUAACUAGCCAAAUGAACGAUGGGAAUCGGAAAGUUUUGAGACACUUAGGAGGCAGAUUUUUAAAAAUUUAAAGGUCAGACUUUUGUCUUGCCUGAUGAGCGAACAUAUCUGGAAAAGAAAAUAAUAAAGAUAUCUGGCAUGAAGUAAUUUGCCUCAAAUUAAGGGCAUUUUCACACUAGUGCUGUUUGGUCCGAUUUAAACGGACCAGAGUUCUUUUUCUCAGAUAGUCCGCUUCGUUUUGUAAAUGUGAACUCCAUUUCGGACCGAACAAAUGAACUCUGGUCCGCUCAAAAAUCGUUGGUCUCGGUCCACUUUAAGCGCACUGUUUCGCUUGUGUAUGCAACCGGAGCAGGGUGGGCAUUUGCUACUGUAUGUGCAGCAUCACAGCGUGGAACUGUUAUGCUCUAAGCCAGGGGUUCCCAACCUAUUCCACUAAGGCACACUGUGGGUGCAGGAUUUCAUUCUUACCAAACAAGAUGACAACACUUUUUCCCCAAUCUGGUGUUUUACAAGUGCAAUCAGUUGAUUGCAGUCAGGUGUGGCUUGUUUUAGCAGAAGCCUCAUUGGUUCAACUGUCUCUGCUGGAUCGGCUGGAACAAAAACCAGGACCCACAGUGUGCCUUGAGGACUGGGUUGAAAACCCCUGCUCUAAGCUGUGAUGGUACAUGCAAUGUAUCCUUGGAAGCGGAAAAACAGCGUGGAUGCUAUUCAAAAUCAAUGGAGAUAGCCAUGGCCAAAUGCUGUUGUGCUGUGCUAAGCAGUUGCAUUUGAUACACGGAAUUGGGUUCUAAUGUGGCGAUUGUGUUUUUCAUGCUGUUGCUAAACGUACCGUGUGAGGGUGACUGGACGAGACGGGCGAUGCCUCUCGGGGCAGCUGCUUCGUACGUCUCGCUCUACUGGAAGAGCUGACAAUUUGACAGUCCAAAAAGUCACGAACGUGGUGACUGUGGUGAUCGGUGAUUUAACGCACUCAGCAGGAAAACAGUAUAUUAUUUUCAUUUCAUUCAUUCAUCAUACCCUCCUGGAUGCCACGAAUUGCAUGUUAAAAAAAAAAAAAAAAAAGUUAGCCUAAUGUUAAUGCGAAUGCAAUGCUAACGCUCAGAUAUACUGUACAUGUAGUGUAUGAUGAUCACUCAGUACAGACCUUUAAAGAAGAAAGCAACAUUGCAUAUCUCUAGCCAAGACAAUAAAUCUUUACCUAUGUGCAAGCAAGCCUGUGUGGAGACAGGAGACAACACACUGGUGAGUCAGGAAGGGGGGGGGCAGCAGCAUGUCACGAUUGAUACAACCAGACACUGCUAAGAGGCAGGCUACCUACACAUGACGGCUGCGUUCCAAUCACGGUUUGAGUUGCCCUCGCUCACUUGCCCUGAGCACUUGCUAUGACGUCACACUGAGGCCACGUGGAGGGUGAAGGGAAAGUGAGUGGAGGGGGAGCGAAAGACUUAAAUGGAACACACCUGCCCUCGUUCACUCACAGGGAAGAAAAAUCAUGGAACAACCACAAGGUGUUGGAGUAUCGCUAUACUGCCUAUUUCAAAUCAGUAGUGCCUCCAGAAAUUCUUCAUAGGGGUGGCCAAAUGGGGCCACUUAAAACCUUGGGGUGGCACACCAAAAAAAUAAAAGGCAUAAUUUCAGGUUUUUACUAUGUUGUAGUAUUAAACAGGCCAGUAGAAAAUUGUCAGAAAGACUUCAAGACACACCUUCUGAUAUACUUUUGUUGAUGGUGUUAUAUUGUUUAUUGUGUAUUGUCUUAAUGUACAUAGUCCAUAAUAGCCCAGUCAAAAUUUUGAGUUCCGCAGCUACUACAAUCUGACGAGUGGGGUGACCAGUGGGGUAGCCAACAAAUUAAUUGGGGGGAGCCGUGGCCAUGCCUCGCCACCCCCUGGUGUCACCAUUAUUCCUCAUCACACAAAAUAUACUGGACUCAUGUCAAUGAGCCGGAGAAGUAUUCCGCGCUUGAUGGCAAUACGUUGGUACCUGGGAAUGAUCAGCAUUAUAAGUUUUGUAUCAAAUUUUAUAUGGGUAUUUCAUUAUUUAUGUAUCUGUCUAUACCUUACAAUCUGUAAACAGAUUUGUUGUUCAAAUACAUUUAACUUAUUUGAAGUUUAACUCCAGUCCCUCCCAACGCCAUUUGAUUGACAGACCAUUCCUUUCGUUAAAAGCAAAAUAGAAAAGGCAAGCGAAAUAAAAACAUCAAUGACAAAAAUUGUCAUUGUUUUUUCCUUUUCUUUACUGACUAAAGUAAUAGUCAAUAAAAAAGUAACGUUAGUCUUUAUUCAUUUAUUUCUCUUUAUGUUUAUUUUAUGUUUUUAUUUAUUUCGGCACUCCUGUGAUUCCAUACGUCCUGCCAUAGCUGCCACAUAGUCUAAUUUAUUUUUAUUUUUAUUUAUUAACAACAAUGAUAAAUUUUACAAUUCCAAAGGCCGUUUGGUAUCACAUUGAAACACCGUGCUGACACCUCCAUUCAUUUUCUUCUUCUUUUGUGGUAAAUAGACAGCAGCCAACAGUAUUUGAGCUUCGUUAUUACCACCGCAUGGACAUGUUUUCCGUGUACCACUGCAAUGCACUGUGGAAUACAUGGAGCUCCGGAGUGACCAUCGUUAUUCACUUGAUCACUGAGCCCUCCAUCUCACCAAGUUCACUUCGCUGUUUUGGGAAUUGGAACGGCCCUUAAGAUGGCGGCAGGGAUUCCCCCGGGGGGCGGUGGCUAGGGCAAGUGAGCGAGGGCUCAUUUAAAGAGUAUUACAACACCUGGGGAAAUGCUAAUAUUCCAUAAUUUAUCCAUAUACGCAUGCCUUUCGGAUUCAUAUCAUGCCACUUCGUGUAAUUACAUACAUUGCAACACCAAGAAAAUGAUAGAAAUUUGGAUCGAUUGUCAAGCUAAAACGACCAGCGCCCGAGAUCCCAGAAAUCUAGCAUAUUGUGUGCGUGACGUCACAACUAGGAGAGCUUAGUACUGAAUGGCGGUGAUGAUGGCAGACAAUUUUGUUUCUAGUUGCAGCGACGAAUCCGACAUAACAAACGUUCUUCUAAUGGUGACGAGGAGAGUUCUGAACCUUUCUUUGGUGUUUUGAGUUAUCAAUUUGAGCCCAAACGCAAGACAAUGCAGCCUAGUGAAACGAUCAUUGAGGGGAGCAAUCACACUGAUGAAACACCGGCAACAGAUCGUGUGGGAAACACCGAAUGGUUUGUUUUGCAUUUCUCUUUGUGAAGCUGAUACUCCGUGACCGCAAAAUAAAGUAAUGUAUAGAAUAAUUAUCAUUUAUUGUGCUAUCAUAGGUUUUCGCUCUGCCAACAGACAAGAAUAUGAAUGGGAUUAGAGGAUUUGUUGUAUAUAUUUUACGAGCGAUAAUUUAUACACGUGUCCUGUCCUAUAUUCAAUGCGUGAUAUGUUUUCUAUUAUGGCACUCUGGCCAUUUCGAGCUUGGCUGCUCCCCUCCUUUGCUUAGCCUGGGGUGGUGGGGUGGUUUCAUCAGUCCCAGUCAUUGUCCUCUUCCUAGAUAUCUCUGGACAUUUAGGUGGCUGCGUGUGUAUGGUGGGCACCGCAUCUUCUUUCAGCAGCAAUUUCUUAGCAAAACCUGAUUUCAGUUGUCCAUAGUUCGAAUAGCUUUCAAGUGUAAAAUACGCACCACACAAAACCGUGCCGGAGGCUGGGUCUGCAAAAUUAGCCCUCUUUGCACGGACGAACUGCACUCAUUGUCUGCGUAGUCCAGCUCUUUUUCUCGCGUUCGGGAAGUCAUGGGUACUACAUUGUGACAAAUGGCUAUUUGUACACCACAUAGCAUGACAGGUUUGAAUCAUUUUAGCGAUUUUUUGAUUAAACACGAACGCAACUCUCUCGUCGAUAAACAACAAUGGCACCUGCCUCGACCUUUUGUUUCCUGGCUGUGACGUCAAAGCACUAUUCGGCUAUUUCCGGAAUACUUUCGGAAAUGUUCGUAAUUUUCGAUCUAUUUUCGAUAAUUGCUCAUGAAUGUGAUUUAUUUUUUGUUAACUUUAUUAAUAUUUGUUAUCUUGCCACAUAACGGUUCUAUUGAUAUCUCACAGCCCCUUAGUAUUAUAAUUCUCUUAAAACCGCGAUUGAAAUGUUGCCAAAAUGUCACACAUUGUGAACAUGUGACGGAAACUAUUGCAUAUUUUCGUCUCGUCUGAAGGAAACUGGCGUCCGUCUCGUUACGUGCUAGUCUCCCAAAACACGUUUUUAGCCUCUCAUCGUCAUGAAAAAAGUGCUGGUUGACAAAAUAUUUUCGUCAUGUCCUCGUUGAAGAAAACAACACUGCCUUAAUCAUGUGCCUCUCGACAAAAUAUUGUUAAUUGAAUUGAUAAAAAAAAAAAAAAAAGAAAAAAAAAUUCGUUUUUCUGAUUUGUAGUAGAGAGGGAACAUGUGAAUAAAAGUCAGUAUUUAUUUAAAUAUUGCGAACUAUGAUGCUAGUCAGUAAGCAAAUGUAAUGGCUGCCUUAUGAAAAACAAAGAACUUUUUCCAUUGAAAAUUGUUGUGAAUAAAUUGUUAAAAUACCUGAAUUCUUUAUAGAUAUGGACAUAAAACAGUCUCGUUUCUUCGUUAAAAACUAAAAAAAACAUGCAGUUAGCAUUUAUUUUGCGUAAAUAUUUUGAAUUAUGAUGCUAGUCAGUUGGCAAAUGUAGUGGCGGCCUUAUGAAAACAGCUUUUCCCGUCAAAAAUUCUUGUGAAUAAAUGCUUAAAUUCCUGAAUUCUUUAUAGAUAUGGACAAAAAACAGUCUCGAUCCUUGGUUAAAUGCAAAAAAAAUGUGCAGUUAGCAUUUAUUUUACGUAAAUAUUGCUAAAUAUGACAUCAAUGCCGUAGUGGCUUAUUUCUCCCAUUUUUUUCACAAUGUUUGAAAAUGCAUGCGUGGUACAAAAAAUAUAAUAAUUCGUUUGAACCCUUGAACAAAUCACUCCUGAGAUACUCCUCCCUGUUUGUCUGCGGUACAGUUUUUGUACUUUUUCAACCUAAAUCCCGCUUUAGAUCGCUGCGUGCGUGUGUUUGAGAAUAACUACACUUGAUGCUCGGUGUGGGCAGUCCCCCCUACUUGAAGGCGUGGCGCAGUGCCUUAAUGUUGUGACCCGUCAAUAUAAUUAUGAAGUCUAUGUUUGAACAUCAUUUUCUCCAUCAGAGGUCUAAGAAAUUUGGGAUUUCACUUACUGUAUAAGUCAUCCAUCCUAGGUGUUUUCAUUUCCUUUAAAUAAAAAAACCUUUUGAUUCUUCACAUUGCAAGUCUUUAUUCUGCCCACCCUUAAACACAGUGGUAAUCAUGACAGGCAGCUGUUUUGCUUGAACUAAAUGUGCAUUUUUUAAUUGUGAAAUUGUCAGCCAGCUGAUGGAACUACCUGGUGAGCGUCUACAAAAAGUGUAGGCUCAUUGUCAUGAAAAUGUGUAGCUAGGUUACAGCCUUUUAAAAAUUCAGCCCAACUGUGAAGUCGAAACAUCUCAGAAUUUCUAAGCCUUUUUUUUCUCGCUUUUUGUUCCCUUGACAGGCUUUUUUGUGUUUUUACUCCCACACGAUGUAUCAAUAUGAGUCAUUUUCAAAAUCUUAUUACUCAUCGCAUAUAGGAGGAUGCACUCAGUUGGAGCAAUCAUUCAGCAGCUCUCUGCUGCAAAAUAGCCGAAUCAAAUAGCCCUUUGCCAAUUGUUAGAUACUAUUCUAAACUCUAAAAUAAUCUAUAUGUGCUUUUUUAGUGUUGGAGCAUAUGAAUUUUUGUUUGAUUGAUGAAUAAUUGUUCUCUGUGCAUGUAUCUCUGUGGUUCAAGGUGGCAUUUACCAUAAAUAACUACUGAGAGCUUUUGGAUUCAUUCUAGAAAAUGUACAAUGUGCAAAUGCAUGAGAGCUUGCAUGGCGUGCACUUCUGCCUUUUGUUUUUGCUUUAUUUAAAUGGGGGAAAGGGACAUUUAAUAUGAUAAAUUAUCAAGAAGAACAAUUCCAUUGAUUGGAGACUGGAUACAAUAUUGGAUAUGCUUCGGCCUGUCACAAUGGUUAUAUCAAAUUAUCAUCUGAUAUAUACUAGUCCUUCUCAAAAAAUUAGCAUAUUGUGAUAAAGUUCAUUAUUUCCUUUAAUGUACUGAUAAACAUUAGAAUUUCAUAUAUUUUAGACUAAUUACACACAACUGAAGUAGUUCAAGCCUUUUAUUGUUUUAAUAUUGAUGAUUUUGGCAAAAAAAAAGUCAAAAACCAAAAAUCCAUAUCUAAAAAAAUUAGCAUAUUUCAUCCAACCAAUACAAAAAAGUUUUUUAAUACAAAAAAGUCAACCUUCAAUUAUUUUAUCAGCUAUACACUCAAUACUUGGUCGGGAAACAUUUUGCAGAAAUGACUGCUUCAAUGUGGCUUGGCAUGGAGGCAAUCAGCCUGUGGCACUGCUGAGGUGUUAUGGAGGCUUCGAUAGCGGCCUCAAGCUCAUCCACAGUGUCGGGUCUUGUGUGUCUCAACUUCCUCUUCACAAUAUCCCACAGAUUCUCUAUGAGGUUCAGGUCAGGAGAGUUGGCAGGCCAGUUGAGCACAGCCAAUGCCAUGGUCAGUAAACCAUUUACCAUUGGUUUUGGCACUGUGAGCAGGUGCCAGGUCAUGCUGAAAAAUGAAAUCUUCAUCUCCAUUAAGCUUUUCAGCAGAUGGAAGCAUGAAUUGCUCCAAAAUCUCCUGAUAGCUAGCUACAUUGACCCUGCCCUUGAUAAAACACAGUAGACCAACACUAGCAGCUGACAUGGCACCCCAGACCAUCACUGACUGGGUACUUGACACUGGACCUGAGGCAUUUUGGUAUUUCCUUCUGCUCAGUGUUCCUCCAAACUCUGGCACCUUGACUUCCGAAUGACAUGCAAAAUUUGAUUUCAUCUGAAAAACAGUACUUUGGACCACUGAGCAACGGUCCAGUGCUGCUUCUCUGUAGCCCAGGUGCGCUUCUGCUGCUGUUUCAGAUUCAAAAGUGGCUUGACUUAGGGAAUGCGGCACCUGUAGCCCAUUUCCAGCGCACGCCUGUGCACGGUGGCUCUGGAUGUUUCUACCCCAGACUCAGUCCACUCUUUCUGCAGGUCCCCCAUGGUCUGGAAUCGGCCCUUCUCCACAAUCUUUUUCAGGAUGCGGUCACCUCUUCUGGUUGUGCAGCGUUUCCUGCCACACUUUUUCUUCCCACAGACUUCCCACUGAGGUGCCUUGAUACAGCACUCUGGGAACAGCCUAUUCGCUCAGAAAUUUCUUUCUGUGUCCUAGCCUCUUGCUUGAGGGUGUCAAUAAUGGCCUUCUAGACAGCAGUCAGGUCAGCAGUCUUGCCAGUGAUUGCAGUUUUGAGUAAUGAACCAGGCUGGGAGUUUUUAAAAGCCUCAGGAAUCUUUCGCAGGGGUUUUGAGUUAAUUCGUUGAUUCAGAUGAUUAGGUUAGUAGCUUCUUUAGAGUACCUUUUCAUGAUAUGCUAGUUUUUUUAGAUGGGGAUUUUUGUUUUUUCUUUUUUGCCCAAAUCAUCAAUAUUAACGCAAUAAAAGGCUUGAACUACUUCAGUUGUGUGUAAUGAAUCUAAAAUAUUUGAAAGUCUAAUGCUUAUCAGUACGUUACAGAAAAUAAUGAACUUUAUCUCAAUAUGCAAAUUUUUUGAGGAGGACCAGUAUAUUAUAGCCAACGUUAGCGUUUUAAUUGCACAUGAACCUUUGUUUGUGCUGCCUUGCUGUCUCUCUGCCUGCAAGCCAAGUAGCUCUGUAUGAAAGAAAUGGGGCUCAUACACACUGGUGAUGUGUAGAAUAAUGGAAUGCAAUACUGUGUAUUUUGGCAUUCGUCUGAUCCAAGUGACUACAGGACCAGUAUUGCUGAUGCGUAAAGUUACUACUGUAUUUAAUAUUGAAGGAAGAUGGCUCUUUGAAUCGCUAAAUGUCAUUUUCAACUACCUUCAAGUGUUUGCAAUGAUUAAUUUAUACUGUAUUUUGGAUAAACCAGAUUCCUCAAAAAUUGUAUACAAAUUGUGACUAAAAACUGAAUGCAAUUAUGUGGAAGUGCCAAAAUUCAAUCUUUUCAUCAGAAUAGAAUAUGGAUGACAGGUCAAAAGAAAAUAUAUCAUUUUAAGGGAAAUAUUCUGUUGAUAUUAAUUUUCGUGGUGUCAACCAAGCUGAAUAUAAUUUAAUGGUCAUUUUGUGUUAAGCUUUAAGAACAAAGCAAUUAAAGAUGACCUAUUUUCAUUAUGCGCCAUGGCGCAAACAGUACCGUAAUUUCUGGACUGUAAAAAGCACCGGAUUAUAAACCACACUGGCCAAAUUUCACAAAAUUUUAGAAAUAAAUCCACAUAUAUUCCCUACCUGAUUAUAAGCCGCAGGCGUCCAUAUCUUAACAUUGGAUAUUUACAUAAAUGUUACACAAAAAUAUUUGAUUGAUCAAAAAUAUAUUAACUAGAUAAACACGCAUCAACAUCCCAAACUCGUGUUGUCUGAAUGCUUCAAAACAAAUUAACUUAAAAAAAAAAAAAAAAAAAACAGGUCACUACAUUUGCAACGAUAUACAAUUCACUUUACCUUGCCUUCUAAACUUAGUGGAUGAAAUCCUCUUAAAAACGGUUAACAGCUAGCGCUAGCCCUUAUAUAGCAACUUUGUUGUAGCGUACUGUGGCAAAAAAGUCCUUUGAGUGCCAGUUAAAAACAGCUAAUUAACACUAGCAUGGAGUUCUCCUGUCGUAGUGAAUAGUGUAUGCCCAUCAAAAUUAAAAUUGCUCUUUUGUAGCAGCAUUUAGUAUCAGAUGGAGCCAUAUUCAACAAAAUCCUGGGUUUUGAGUUAGUCUGACGAGCUUCUGGCAAGCUUUCACGGUGCUAGUGUAGCGGCUGAGAGCUAUGUCAUGGCAAAAUUUGGAAAGCCAUUCUUUUAAAUUAUGUGUAAUUAUCAAUAUUUUGUUUAACAAGAAAAUAUGAAGCUCGUUUGUAAAAAUAAAAAAAAUAAAUAAAAAAAUAAAAUCCAUAUAUAAGCAGCUUCCUUAUAAAAGCCGCAGGGUAGAAAUGCCUAGAAAAAGUAGCGGCUUAAAGUCCGAAAACUACGGUAGUCUCAAACACAAUUCAAUAGGCCAGUUCAUUUGUAAAAGGAAUAUACAGUACAUGUACAUCAAACCCCACAUAAACAUUUACAUCAUUUUAGUGGUUAACC